CAGGUUUUGGAGUCUCCCCAGAGGAUGACUGACACCUUCCACAAGUCUCAGCAACCAUGUCCGGUACCAUGACUGAAAAUAACCCGGUGUCGGCACUCACACUGAGCCUCAUCUCAUCUCACAAUGACCUCCUGUCCCCCAAGAGCCGGCAGAUCUAUGCCCAUACUGACCUGCAGAGUGCCAUGGGACUAGUUAGUGCAGAGCUGGGCAACGGAACUCCUUCUGACCGAACCAACCCAAAGUGGUUGAAAGAAGGCCAAAACCAGCUACGCAAGGCGGCUGAGAAUGGGAAAGAAGAUCAGAACUGCAACCCUGAUCCAGAGAGCAGCAAUAAGGACUGGGCCAACCAGAACCAGGAGAAGGAGGGGAAACAAACAGAGCUUGGAGAUCUAGAGGUGUCGACCCUCAACUCAGUCAACCUGAGCAGCAUGCUAAGCUCUCCACUGCUUAUUCAGGAACAGGACAGAGAAGAUGAGGAGGAUGAGGAUUUGACCCCAGCUCCGAGCGAGAUCACUGACCCCAUCACUACUGAGACAUCAGAGCUGAGCUCAGACAUUCUGGUGCUGGGCACACAGGAGAGCGGAAAAGACACAAAUGAAGGUCCACGGGAUGGGGUGCGCAGCGCCAGUCUGCUUUUCGGUAUGAGGAACACAGCUGGCAGUGACGAAGAUUCCAGCUGGGCAACGCUGUCCCAAGGAAGCCCAUCCUAUGGAUCUCCUGAUGACACAGACUGCUUCUGGACACGUAACUCACUGGAAACAGACUCCGAUUUGCCCUCUGGGUGGAUGAGGGUGCAAGACACAUCAGGAACAUACUAUUGGCAUGUUCCCACUGGUACCACGCAGUGGGAACCCCCCUUAGAACUUUGCAAUGGAGAGAACAAUCCAUAUCCCCGCUGUAUGGAUCACACCCCCAGCGAAGAUGCUGAGGUGCUAUUACAGGAGGAUCUGUCUGAUGUCGGCCAGAACGAGGUGGAAGAUGCUAGUUACCAUUUUAAUGCAUUCUGCAUGAGCUCCACUCAGACCUCGGAGGAAGACAAGGAGUCUCUGUCAGUUACUGAACCUGGCUCACAGAGUUUUCCCGUGCAAUCUCUUGGUUGGGUUGAGAUGACAGAAGAAGAUUUGGCUCCUGGGAGAAGUAGUGUUGCUGUAAAUAGCUGUAUACGUCAACUGUCUCUCCAUAACCAAAGCCUGACUGAGGGUCACAACAUGUUGCUGGUUCUCGAUCAAAGCUCACUGAAGCUGUAUGACUCUUCAGGACAUACCCUGCUCCAUUCACAGCCAAUCGUCAGCAUUCGAGUCUGGGGAGUGGGGAGAGACGAUGGCAGGGACUUUGCUUAUGUUGCAAGAGAUAAAGUGAGCCAGUUACUAAAGUGUCAUGUUUUCCGCUGUGAGUCGCCAGCCAAAGCCAUAGCGACGGGACUGCAUGGCGUCUGCUCUCGAAUCAUGGCAGAGAGGAGAAGCACUCGCUCUAUCAUGGAUGGUCUCUUCUAUGAUCAGUCACGAUUGGUGGAUAUUCCUUUUCAAGUCGAGUUUCCUGCUCCAAAGAACGAGCUUGUUCAGGGCUUCCAGGUCUUCUACAUGGGGAAUGUUCCAGUCAUUAAACCCGUUGGUAUGGACAUUAUUAAUAACACCCUACAAACUGCCCUCAGCACCAGUAGAGCCGAUUGGAUUCCUGUCACUGUCAACGUGGCUUCAGCAACGGUCACCAUCUUAAACCAACAGACUGAGGAGUCACUCAGUGAGUGCCGUGUGAGGUUUCUCUCCUUCAUGGGUGUUGGAAAAGAUGUUCACACAUUUGCGUUCAUCAUGGCGGAGGCUCCUGGCAUCUUUGUGUGUCACAUGUUUUGGUGUGAGCCCAAUGCCGCGCAUCUGUCAGAGGCCGUGCAGGCAGCAUGUAUGCUGCGAUACCAGAAGUGUCUGGAUGCUCGUCCUCAGGGCUCUUCUUGUCUCCCAACUCCUCCUGCUGACUCUGUUGCUCGCAGAGUGGGCUCCAGUGUCCGCAGGGGUGUUCAGUCUCUACUUGGUUCUUUCAAAACGAAGCAUCCCGGAGGACAGACACCGUGACCCUGCAACUCAGGCUAUGACCAGUGUCCUUGUCCCCCAAUGUCCUGCGCUUUCCGCCGGCCUCUUCCUCCAGGUUAUCACUGCAGACUAAGGAGCAGCACAAUUUGUAUCAAGUCAUGUUUCCCAAUGUAAUGGCAAAACGCACUCCAGUAGUUGGGUUACCAUUAGAUAACUAGAGGCCUUAUGAAUAGCAAUAAGGCACUUGGCAGCUGUCAGACCCACUCUGCUUCCCUGGCAGCUGCCCCCUCCUUCGGGAGGCUGUUAUGUGUAGUUGUGUAGAUGGCAUUGUCUCUGUGAUAGCGCGAGUAUGCGUGUGUGAUAUACACUCUUACUGUACUAAUUAUAUAUACUGCUGCUGGUCUCUGCUUUGUACAGCUUAGUCUUAAUCUGUAUAGCAACUCCUGGGCCUUGACAUGGCUUCUACUGUCUGAAGCAGAGCUGGAAGAGGGGCUCUAAACCUUGAGUGUUGGAUAGGUUAUUUAUAAUGUUAACAUGACAGGGGAAUCAGAAACUCCUCCCAGACAUUAUAUAACCUGGAAUCAGAAACUCCUCCCAGACAUUAUAUAACCUGGAAUCAGAAACUCCUCCCAGACAUUAUAUAACCUGGAAUCAGAAACUCCUCCCAGACAUUAUAUAACCUGGAAUCAGAAACUCCUCCCAGACAUUAUAUAACCUGGAAUCAGAAACUCCUCCCAGACAUUAUAUAACCUGGAAUCAGAAACUCCUCCCAGACAUUAUAUAACCUGGAAUCAGAAACUCCUCCCAGACAUUAUAUAACCUGGAAUCAGAAACUCCUCCCAGACAUUAUAUAACCUGGAAUCAGAAACUCCUCCCAGACAUUAUAUAACCUGGAAUCAGAAACUCCUCCCAGACAUUAUAUAACCUGGAAUCAGAAACUCCUCCCAGACAUUAUAUAACCUGGAAUCAGAAACUCCUCCCAGACAUUAUAUAACCUGGAAUCAGAAACUCCUCCCAGACAUUAUAUAACCUGGAAUCAGAAACUCCUCCCAGACAUUAUAUAACCUGGAAUCAGAAACUCCUCCCAGACAUUAUAUAACCUGGAAUCAGAAACUCCUCCCAGACAUUAUAUAACCUGGAAUCAGAAACUCCUCCCAGACAUUAUAUAACCUGGAAUCAGAAACUCCUCCCAGACAUUAUAUAACCUGGAAUCAGAAACUCCUCCCAGACAUUAUAUAACCUGGAAUCAGAAACUCCUCCCAGACAUUAUAUAACCUGGAAUCAGAAACUCCUCCCAGACAUUAUAUAACCUGGAACCAGAAACUCAACCCAGACAUUAUAUAACCUGGAACCAAGAACUCAACCCAGACAUUAUAUAACCUGGAACCAAGAACUCAACCCAGACAUUAUAUAACCUGGAACCAAGAACUCAACCCAGACAUUAUAUAACCUUGAACAAGGAACUCAACCCAGACAUUAUAUAACCAGGAACUCCUCCCAGACAUUUUAUAACCUGAACCCAGACAUUAUAUAACCUGGAAACAGGAACUCCUCCCAGACAUUAUAUAACCAGGAACCCAGACAUUAUAUAACCUGGAACCAAGAACUCAACCCAGACAUUAUAUAACCUUGAACAAGGAACUCAACCCAAACAUUAUAUAACCUGGAACCAGGAACUCAACCCAGACAUUAUAUAACCUGGAACCAGGAACUCAACCCAGACAUUAUAUAACCUGGAACCAGGGACUCAACCCAGACAUUAUAUAACCUUGAACAAGGAACUCAACCCAGACAUUGUAUAACCUGGAAACAGGAACUCAACCCAGACAUUAUAUAACCUGGAAACAGGAACUCAACCCAGACAUUAUAUAACCUGGAAACAGGAACUCAACCCAGACAUUAUAUAACCAGGACUCAGGAACUCCUCCCAGACAUUAUAUAACCUGGAACCAGGAACUCAUCCCAGACAUUAAAUAACCUGGAAUCAUAAACUCCGCCCAGACACAUUAUUAUAUUUAUAUAGCGCCAGCAAAUUUCUUAGUGCUGUACACCUGGAAUCAGAAACUCCUCUUAGACAUUAUACAUGAUCAACCUGUAGCUUGUCCUACCCUGGCUGUGCACCCUGCUAUUCUCUAUAUUAAUUGCCUACCUGUUGCAUGUUUUCACAUGACACCAACAUUUCUGCUUAGAAACCAAACCUAUCGCUGCAAAAACAAAUAGUUCUUAAAAUGGCUUUAUCUGUGCGCGGAUCCUCACUGAAUUAGACUCUUGGCAGAUCAAGCUCCACAAGCUGGACAAUAUGGUGCCGUGGAUGGACAUGUGCCAGCCAUGAGUGACUGCUUCAGGUAAGUAGAACCUACCUCUACCUGCACCUCUGGGCCACCAAAUGCCAAGUUGUGAUGUCACCAUCAAGGGUCUCUGCAUAGAUCCCAGAAGGUAACAAGAGCCACCAACAUCCUCACUCUUAACCUGCUACCCUCUUCCUGCAUAAAAUGUCCUUAUUAGAUGGCAUGAGAUAUGUGUAAAUUUCUAUCACAUGUGCCCUUGUUCUAUGUUAAUAUGUGGAUGUGACACCUCUCGUGCAGCUGUCUAUGGGUUGUAUCUGAUGCACGUCGUUCCAAGGGAUCUUUGAAAUGUCAUCUCAUAGAAUCAGGAUUUGCAUUCCAUAAGAGGGGUUCCUG